AUGUCUCAGUUCUACCGGCUAUGUGCGCUCAAGAUCCCCCACUGCAGCCUAUGCUCCAGCACACUGAAGCAGUGCCUGGUCUGCAACCCGCCCUUUGCAGUCGAUCAGGACGGCUUCUGCGGCUGCCCACCCGGGCACGAGCCGGCGCUUGGCGGGCGGACAUGCGUGGUGGGCCCACUGGUGCGCAUCACGGAGCAGCUGGGCACGCUGGCGAGCCAGAGCCUGGAGAUCAGCCGCCAGACGGACUUUCUGUACUCCUAUUUCCUGGCGGAGCGCGAGUGCUCGGCCACCAUCCCCAACUGCAUCCUCUGCGCCAACUCCACUGCCUGCCAAGCCUGCGGAGAGGGCAUGGAGGUGACGGAGAAGGGAACUUGCCGGUGCAACCCGGCGACGGCCGGCCCUGGAUGCCGCUUCUGUGAGACGCCCGGCUCCUGCGGCCGAUCUGCGGCAACCCCCGGGGUGUGCGCCACACUGGCGCCCACCAGCGUCAAUUUUGGCGUUGCCAACGUCACAUGCGCGCCCGACAACCUGGACCUCGCCAGCUGCGCGCAGGGGUAUUUCUUCCUGAGGGAUGCGCUGACGCUGGAGGGCGUGUGCCUGUGCGACCCCUCCUUUGAGCCCAGCUGCGUGCACUGCGAGGUCCCCGGUACCUGCCUCGCCUGCAACCCAAUGUUUGCCCUCGUGGACGGCAAGUGCGUGUGCCCGCCGCUCUACAGCGAUUACACAGACUCGUUCGGAGAACGGCUGCAGACGUGCCUGCCAGAGGGUAUCGGGCUGCCCCCCACUGGAGGCAUUAGCAACGGCCAAGGUUUCUCCCCGACAGGACCCCAGGGGCCGGGGAUUACGGGAGAGAUUGGCGGAACGGUCAACAUUACGGGAGCAACUGGUUUCACCGGCGCGGCGUUCACCGGUGACACGGGUCCCACCGGCUUCACCGGCUCCACGGGUUACACGGGAGGCACGGGUGAUACAGGCUUCACAGGCUUCACUGGCGACACAGGAUACACCGGUGACACUGGGUUCACUGGAGGCACCGGUUUCACUGGAGACACUGGCUUCACUGGCGCCACUGGCGACACUGGGUUCACAGGAGACACUGGUUUCACUGGGAAGACUGGUUUUACUGGCGACACUGGCUUCACCGGAGACACCGGCUUCACAGGAUACACAGGAGACACAGGAUCCACCGGCUUCACUGGCAGCACCGGAUUCACUGGCGACACCGGGUUCACUGGAGCAACGGGUGACACCGGAUUCACUGGGUUCACUGGAGCUACGGGCGGCAGUGGCUUUACGGGGGCCACUGGCCUCACUGGCUCCACAGGCUUCACUGGCUUCACUGGAGGCACCGGAAACACUGGAGACAGCGGAUUCACUGGCGCCACCGGCUUCACCGGGGACACAGGUUCCACUGGUUUCACUGGAGCCACAGGCUUCACCGGUUUCACAGGAGACACUGGUUUCACCGGCUUCACUGGAUCAACGGGAGCUACAGGAUUCACUGGAGCCACGGGAUCCACUGGAGACACCGGCUUCACUGGUUUCACUGGAUUCACUGGAUUUACUGGGUUCACUGGGUUUACCGGUGCAACGGGUUUUACUGGAUCAACUGGUUUCACUGGAGACACAGGUUUUACUGGUGUCACCGGAUUUACGGGCUCCACAGGAGACACUGGGUUCACAGGAUUCACCGGCUUCACUGGAGCCACAGGUUUUACUGGGUCUACUGGCGGCACUGGAUUCACUGGAGCCACUGGCUUCACUGGAUUUACCGGCUUUACAGGAGACACAGGCUUCACUGGAUCCACUGGAGCCACUGGCUUCACAGGGUUCACCGGCAACACUGGGUUUACUGGCAGCACAGGAUUCACCGGCGGCACUGGUGCAACGGGCUUCACCGGAGCUACCGGCUUCACUGGAUUUACCGGAUUCACUGGAGAUACAGGAUCCACCGGAUUUACUGGCGCCACUGGCUUCACUGGAUUCACGGGACCCACCGGCGACACCGGGUUCACAGGGCCUUCAGGUUUCACUGGGAGUACUGGAGCCACCGGCUUCACUGGCACCACAGGAUUCUCUGGGGACACCGGCUUCACUGGCUUCACUGGAUUCACUGGAGCAACGGGCUUCACUGGCUUCACGGGUGCCACAGGAUUUACUGGAGACACCGGAUUUACCGGGUUCACAGGAAACACUGGAGACACUGGAUUCACUGGCUUUACUGGCGGCACCGGCUUCACAGGGUUCACUGGCGAUACUGGCUUUACCGGUGCUACUGGAUUCACUGGCUUCACCGGGGACACAGGCUUUACUGGUUUUACAGGGGCCACUGGUUUUACCGGGGCGACAGGGUUCACUGGGGCCACGGGGUUCACUGGCUUCUCCGGAUUUACGGGGGGCACAGGCUUCACCGGAGACACAGGCUUCACUGGGUUCACCGGUGCUACCGGGUUCACAGGCAGUACAGGCUUUACGGGAGCCACAGGAACUACCGGCUUCUCUGGGACAACAGGCUUCACGGGAGACACUGGCUUCACUGGAGCAACAGGUUUUACUGGAAACACCGGUGUUACAGCUUUCACCGGGAACACUGCAUCCACUGGAGCUACAGGGUUCACCGGGAGCACUGGCGCUACUGGAAGCACAGGAUUUACUGGCUUCACUGGAGCUACUGGGUUCACCGGUACCACUGGAUUCACUGGAGACACUGGAAUCACCGGUGCCACUGGCUACACCGGCUUUACUGGAAAUACUGGCUUCACUGGUGCCACUGGCUUCACUGGAUCCAUUGGAUUCACUGGAGACACAGGAUUUACUGGGGACACUGGCUUCACUGGAGCAACGGGAUUCACUGGAAGCACUGGAGGCACGGGCUUCACUGGGGAGACUGGCUUCACUGGCUUCACUGGCUCUACUGGGGCAACGGGCUUCACUGGCUUCACUGGAGACACUGGAAUCACUGGAGGGACCGGUUUCACUGGGUCAACUGGCCUCACUGGAGCAACAGGCGAAAGUGGCUUCACAGGGGACACAGGAUUCACAGGGGCCACUGGGGCUACAGGCUUCACCGGCUUCACUGGAUCCACGGGAGGAACGGGCUUCACUGGCACGACGGGAUACACCGGAUUCACUGGUGCCACUGGCAGCACUGGAGUUACCGGGGCAACUGGAGACAGUGGAUUCACAGGAGCCACUGGAAUCACAGGAUCCACAGGCUUCAGUGGACCCACUGGAGAAACAGGGGCGACAGGCUUUACUGGCACCACAGGCUUCACAGGCUUCACCGGCUCCACCGGCUUCACUGGAGACACGGGAGCCACAGGUUUCACAGGGUCCACAGGAGACAUUGGCUUCACUGGUGCAACCGGCUUCACUGGGGACACCGGCUUCACUGGAGACACCGGCUUCACUGGCUCCACUGGCUUCACAGGAGCCACAGGCAACUUCUCAGAAAUGUUCCGAAUGCUACCACGAAAUGCAGUAAGAUUCACUGGAGACACAGGCUCCACAGGAGCCACGGGAGGCACUGGAUUCACUGGUUACACUGGAGUCACGGGCUUUUCUGGAGCAACUGGGACCACUGGCUUCACCGGAAGCACAGGCUCAACUGGAUUUACGGGCGCCACAAGUUUUACUGGAGGCACAGGCUUCACUGGGUCCACUGGUCCCACCGGUUUCACUGGAAAUACUGGAGAUACUGGAUUUACGGGAGCCACUGGAGCAACAGGCUCUACUGGCUUCACUGGUGGCUCUGGCUUCACUGGAGAUACCGGCAACACUGGAGCCACGGGCUUCACAGGAGACACAGGUCUCACUGGGUUCACCGGCGCUACUGGCUUCACUGGCGGCACUGGGGACACAGGCUUCACAGGCCCCACUGGAGCCACAGGAAGUACCGGUUUCACUGGAGACACUGGCUUCACCGGAGCCACGGGCUUCACUGGCUUCACCGGCUUCACUGGCUCUUCUGGAGGAACUGGCUUCACUGGCGGCACAGGCGACACCGGCUUCACUGGAGCUACUGGUUCCACAGGAAGCACUGGAGGGACCGGUUCAACAGGAGCCACAGGAGAUACAGGCAUCACCGGAGCCACCGGCUUCACCGGGGACACAGGCUUCUCAGGCGCAACUGGUGCCACUGGAUUCACCGGCUUUACCGGUUUCACCGGCGCUAGAUCCACUGGGGCCACUGGAGCAACUGGCUUCACUGGCACCACUGGCUUCAGUGCAGGCACUGGCGCUACAGGCUCCACAGGUUUCAGUGGUCCGACUGGAGACACAGGAUUUACCGGGGACACCGGCGCCACGGGUGGCACUGGCUUCACAGGCCUCACAGGUCAAACGGGUGCAACUGGCUUCAGCGGAGACACUGGGACAACAGGCGCCACAGGAGCCACAGGGUUCACUGGCAUCACUGGAGUCACCGGCAGCACUGGCGCCACCGGCUUCACUGGAGACACAGGUCCCACUGGAGCCACUGGAGGCACGGGAAUCACUGGUGACACAGGUUUCUCGGGCAACACUGGAGGGACAGGCUCCACUGGAAGCACAGGCGCCACAGGAAUCACAGGGUCCACUGGCGCUACCGGAUCCACAGGAUUCACCGGAGAUACAGGCACAACGGGAGUUACAGGAACCACUGGAGGCACUGGCUCCGCUGGAGUCACAGGCUUCACCGGAGCAAUCGGCUUCACUGGGUCAACCGGUGGCACUGGAGGGCCCGGCUUCACCGGCGCCACAGGGAGCAGUGGGGCAACAGGGGCGACUGGAGAUACUGGACAGACGGGCUCCACAGGCGCUACUGGCGCCACUGGCUUCACCGGUAGUUCUGGCAGCACUGGCACAACGGGAGCGACAGGUGGCACCGGCUUCACAGGCUCAACUGGUGCCAGUGGGAGCGCUGGCACAACAGGCUUCACUGGGGCCACGGGCUUCACAGGUUUCACUGGUGCAAGUGGCUUCACCGGCAGCACUGGUACUGAUGGGUCGACUGGAGACACUGGGGUCACUGGUGGAACAGGAUACACCGGCCUCACUGGAAGCAUGCGCAACACCGGCUUCACUGGCGCCACUGGCUUCACCGGAGACACUGGCGCAACAGGCGCCUCUGGACCCACUGGAAACCUUGGACCCACCGGUUUCACAGGCGACACAGGAUCCACAGGUGCAAGCGGCGCCACUGGCACGACUGGAGCUACUGGGGUCUCAGGGCCAACAGGAGCGACAGGUACCACUGGCAGCACUGGAGCAACAGGCGCUUCAGGAGCCACAGGAGGCACUGGGUUCACAGGCGUCACAGGAGCCACUGGUGCAACCGGCUUCACUGGGGCCACUGGCUUCACCGGCAGCACAGGAAUCUCUGGCGCAUUUGGAGUCACUGGCACAAGUGGGGCCACUGGAGGCUCGGGGUCGUCAGGCUUCACUGGCAGCACCGGCAGUAUUGGCGCCACAGGAGCCACAGGCUUCACAGGCGACACAGGUGGCACUGGAAUCACCGGGGGGACUGGAGCAACGGGAGCCAGCGGAUCGGCAGGGGAUACGGGUGAGCAAGUGGGACAGGAGCAAGCGGUGCAACUGGGCUCACUGGCGCACUGGGAAACGCGGGGAGAAGAGGCUUCACUGGUGCAAGCGGGGUCACAGGCCGGACAGGUCCCACAGGCGCCACUGGCUCAACUGGUGCCAGCGGCAGCGCAGGGGGGACCGGGGCAUCGGGAGGGAUCCGCUGGAGACACUGGGGGCACUGGCGCUACUGGUGGGUCUGGAGCCACCGGCUCAACUGGUAGCUCUGGUGCUCUGGGUGACACUGGCGGCACAGGAGCGACUGGCACCACAGGCGCCACGGGAGCUACUGGCUUCACUGGCACAGCUGGCACUGCUGGCGCCACUGGCAGCACUGGCUACACAGGAUCUUCAGGUGUGACGGGGCCAACGGGCUUCACUGGUGCACUCGGAGGUACAGGCGCUUCAGGCAUGACCGGGGCAUCUGGCGCGACCGGCUUCACUGGAGGCACAGGCAUCAGCGGUGCCCUAGGAGCAACAGGUCUCACCGGGUCAGGAACCACAGGGAACACAGGCACAACAGGGCUCUCAGGAGCAACAGGAGCCACCGGCUUCACUGGGGCCACAGGCGACACUGGUGUCACAGGCCUCACCGGUGCAACCGGCAUCUCUGGACGCACAGGCUCGACUGGAGGAGCAGGCGCAACAGGGUCCACUGGAGAGACAGGCUUCACCGGCUUCACGGGUGCCACGGGAACAAUUGGUGCCACUGGCGGCACUGGAGCAUCGGGGGCCUCAGGAGCAAGUGGGUUCACUGGAGCAACAGGAGCCAGUGGUUCUAUCGGGGGAACUGGCUUCUCUGGUGGUUUUGGAUCGAGCGGAGCCACAGGCUUCACCGGCGCCACAGGCACUACCGGCAGCACAGGUGCUCUGGGCGCUACCGGGGGCACCGGCGCUUCUGGACAGUUGGGUCUCACUGGAGCGACAGGAGCUUCUGGGCCGGCGGGGACUUCUGGGAGCACUGGGGCCACCGGCAACACAGGAGUUACUGGUGCCUUGGGGCUUACUGGGGCAUCCGGUUAUACGGGCUCUACGGGAGCGACCGGUUCUACGGGCCUUACGGGUGCCACGGGGCUCACUGGGGCGCUGGCGACGGGCGCUACGGGGUCUGCCGGGGCCACGGGAGCCACGGGCUUUACUGGCGGCUCUGGAUUUACGGGUGCCACCGGCCCAUCCGGGGCCUGCGGCCCUACGGGCCCCAGUGGCGUUACGGGAUUCACGGGCGCCACCGGCAACACAGGCACACCCUGCUGCUUUCUUCAUGCAGAAGAUCACUUCAGUCGCACAGGGGCAACAGGGACCACGGGUGCCACUGGCUUCACUGGUUUCACCGGCGACACCGGCCUCAGCGGCUUGUUUGGGAAUACCGGGCCCACGGGACGCACUGGCUUCACUGGAGCCACUGGCGUCACCGGAGCAAGAGGCGGCACCGGCAGAACAGGGUCCACCGGCACGCAGGGCAUCUCACCGGGCCUGUGCUCUGGAACACCAAUCUUUGUGACUGCCUGCGAAAAUGUGGCCAUCGCCAUAAAUUGCGGAACCUUGCGCAUCAACGUGUGCCAGACAAAUCUGUACGGGCGGACGGACGCGUCUGUGUGCCCCGGAUGCAGUUGCACGAGCGCGGGAGGCAUAGCGUGCGGCAGCAGCAAUGGAAGGCCCAACUGCUGCAACCCAGUGGUUGGGAACAACACCUGCGCCUUGUACGGGGGCGGCACCGCCGGCCUCGGCUGCAGCGCGUGCAGCACCAACUGCAGGGGCAACAUCACAACAGCUCUCAUCACUGCCUGCCAGAGCAAGAAUACCUGCUCCUUCACCGCCAGCAAUGGCAACACCGACGGCGGCGACCCCUGCCCCGGCACCUACAAGUACACCAACGUCAGCUACCUCUGCGUCUAG